AUGAAAUCCUUCCUGCUCACCAUCAUUGCCGUGCAGAUCCUCCACUGCUUAGGAGUGCCAAGCACCAAGGAAGCUCUGAGAGCCUCAGUUGUAAAGCUGAAUGAAAUCACCGAGAUCACCAACCUCUGUGGUAUCUCCAGGAGUGGAGUGACAAAUACAUACCGUACAGGUAAACUGUCCCACAGCGUGGAUUUAACAUUCUCUGUGAAAGAAACUGUCUGCUCCAAGAAUUCUGGACAGGAAUUUGAUGAUCCCAGCUGCUCCUUCCUCCCUAAAAACAUUGCGGAGAAAGGGUUUUGCAAAAGCCAUGUGGAAUUUUUUGCUGAUAAGGUAGCUGAUGUUGAAGUGGAGUGUGACGGUCUGACGACAGUUGACAGCGAGAGUGACUCAACAGAAACAAAUGACAACAGUAUUGAGUCGCAAAGCAAAUCAAAAGAAUCAUCACUUGAGGAAACCUCUAAUGAAAAAGACAAAUCAGAAGACACAUCACUUGAGGAUUCAACCAAUGUGAGUAUAAAUGGAAAAAAUUCUGAUGAUCUCUCUGACCUUGAAUCCAAGUAA